AUGUACCGGUCCUUCUGGGGCACCUUGGUCCUGUUCCAGAUCUCCGUGGCAGAAUUGGCAUCCUCCCCGACUCCCCUCCCGUCCCUGGAUUCUCUCGAGGUUUUCAGCAUCCUACUCACGGCGGAGGACGACGGCCUGCUGUACCCGGAGUUCAUCUUCCUCAAUGUCUCCGGCCUGGUCCUGGCCCGCCGCCACGGCCCCGCCACCCUCCACUGCAGCAUCACGUUACUGGGGGACUCGGCCCAGCCCCGCUACCGGGUCCGCUGGGCCACCGGCCCCCUCGGCGGGCAGACCGUGGCCCAGGUGGACCAGAGCAAGGGGCCGGAGCCCUGGGUCGAGCCCGCGUACCGCGACCGGGUCACCCUGGCCUCCCACGGCCCCCACAACUACCUGCACUUCAGCUGGGUGACGGCAGCGGACUUCGGCAAAUACACGGUCACCGCGCAGGUGGCCGGCAGCAACAGCGAGCCCUUCACCUUCAUCACCAUGCUGGCCGAGGUCCCUCACCCAACUGAGCACCCCUCUCACCCAUCCAUGUCUGAAAUCCCCUCUCAACUAUCCAUAUCUGGGACCCCUUCUCACCCAUCCACAGCUGAAGUCCCCUCUCACCCAUCCAUAUCUGAAAUCCCCUCUCGCCCAUCCAUAUCUGAACCAGCCUCUCGCCCUUCCUCAUCUGGGCCCCCCUCUCACCCAUCCAUAUCUGAAGUCCCCUCUCACCCUUCCUCGACUGAGCCCCCCUCUCCCCCUUCCACAGCUGUGGCCCCCGCUGUGCCAGAGUGCACCCCGACGCCCCAUGUCGUGACUCUGAAUACGUCAGCCACGGUGAGCGGGUUCCUGGGCAACCAGGUCACCCUGCACUGCCGGGUGAUCACGGCCCACGCCUGCCCCGGCGCUCACUACCGCCUGCGUUGGGAGGCGCUGGAAACGGGAUGGGACCAGAAGCAGACGCUGACCCUGGCGCAGGAGGACCAGGCCAGCCGGGGGUCUCCACGCCUGCUCGCCUCCUACCGCAACCGCCUCAACAUGAGCUCUCGUGGCCCCGAGACAGAGCUGCGCAUCAGCAAACUACGCCUGGACGACCCUGAGAAAUAUCGGUGCGUAGCGGGCAUCGCCGGAGUGGACGGGGAGGUCACCUCGAGAACCAUUCACCUGAGGAAGUUGGGUCGGAAAGUGUGGAACACGCACACGCAAACAGCCAUCCUCAUUCUCUCUAUCAACGUCUUGCUCUUCUUCGUGAUACUGAUCAGCUUUAGGAUCUCGGUCCUGAGUCAAUCUAAGGGUCGACAACCUCCAGGAAUUGUCUCAGAGUCUCACCAUAAAAUGAAGAUCUUUGGUGUUUAACGUUUAAAGAAUAAUCAUUCAGAAAUAUUCAAUAUGUUAUGUAAUCCCAUGAUUUAGGA